AUGUACACCAAGACCCUCGCCGCCCUCCUCGGAGGUCUGUCUCUGGCUUUAGCCCAGACCUCCUCUGAACAGACCCCCUCAGCACCUGAGAUUGCCGCGGCCCGUGCUACGAUCAAGCCGUACUCCCCCGUCAGCAACGUCCAGGGCAAGUCGUUCAACCGCUUCGUGAACAUCUGGCUCGAGAACACCGACUACGACGUCGCCGCCUCCGAGAAGCACCUGGCAAAGCUCGCAAAGAAGGGCCUCACCCUGACAAACAUGUGGGCCGUCACGCACCCCUCCGAGCCAAACUACUGCGCCUCGCAAGGCGGCGACACCUUCGGCAUGGACAACGACGACUUCAACCAGAUCCCCGCCAACGUCUCCACCAUCGCCGACAUGUUCGACACCAAGAACAUCAGCUGGGGCGAGUACCAAGAGCACAGCCCCUACCCAGGCUACCAGGGGUUCCGGUACCCGACGUCGGGAGACAACGACUACGUGCGCAAGCACAACCCGGCGAUCCUAUACAACAGCGUAACAGAGGACGCGACGCGCCUGCGCCAGAUCAAGAACUUCACGGACUUCUACGAGGACCUCCGCACUCACCGUCUGCCGCAGUAUAGCUUCGUCACGCCGAACAUGACGAAUGACGGGCAUGACACUGAUAUCUCGUUCUCGGGCACCUGGACGUGGGAGUUUCUGAUCGACCUGCUGGACAACGAGUACUUCACCAAGGACACCCUAAUCCUGUUGACCUUUGAUGAGAACGACACGUACGAGUUGGGCAACAAGAUCUUCUCCUUCCUCCUUGGCGGCGCCGUGCCGCAGCACCUUCUCGGAAAAGAAGACGAUACCUUCUACACGCACUACAGCAUUAUCUCGUCCCUGUCCGCGAACUUCGGCAUCCCCGGUCUAGGACGCUGGGAUUGCGGUGCGAACCUGCUCUCUUUCCUCGCCGAGAAGGUCGGGUACACGAACUACGAGGUCGACACGAGCAACCUGUACCUGAAUGUCUCGUACAACGGGCCCAUGGCUGCGGGUGAGUACUCGCAGAAGACGUAUGAGUGGCCAAUUCCUGCGACGGAGGGCCAGUGUUCUGGUGGUCAUGGCAUUCUGGACAUUGUCAAGAAGACCUAUGCCAACUUGACUGCUACGCAUGACUACUCCUCUCCUGUGCCGUUUGAUGUCGAGACUGGCAACAGUGUUGGUGUUGAGUACAGCCGCAGGCUUAAGGGUGGCAAGCGCGAGAAGUAUGUUACCGGGUCUGGAAAGACUGGUAACGACACUAGCGCGUGCAAGUCGUCGUGA